AUGGCUUGUGGCUGGUUUCAUUGGAUAUUCUUCCCAUCUCGACUCGCAGAUAUUGGUGCUGAUGGUCCACCAUCGAGUUCGGCCUCACUGGCUGGAUCAACACAACGGAUCGGCCUAGUCAAGCUCCGAUUAGAACCGCCUUCCUCGAUCCAGUCCUGGACAGACUGCGGCCUGAUCUUCUUGAACCAUGAGUUCUUGAGAGUAUUGGGUGCCAUUGUCUGGAUCGUUUUGUGCGGAUUGAUCGAAACAUUUCUUGCUGAAUUGAGCGAUAUGCGUUACUCUUCUACCACCGGUGAAAGGCAUCCUCUAGGCGACCUGGCCUUUGAUGCCUUUCCUUACGUCGAGAACUUUCAGAUCGUAAAUUAUUUACUGACCACAACCAUCAUCUACACCAUCGUUGCGUUUUUACUCCAAUCCCCAGACUGGACUACCCGCUGGAUCAUAUUACGACGCUGGCUGGUCAUCAUGGGAUUUCUGUAUGUGUUCAGAGGCAUCACCUUGGUUGUCACCCAACUGCCUUCUCCCCUCUAUGACAACUGCCAGCCUGAUCCGAUCUCUGUGAACGGAAGCCCUGCAGCCAGAUUUGGUUUCCUGAUUGAUAUUAUAGGCGGCACAGCCAUGACUUGUACUGACAAUAUUUUUUCGGGCCACACGUCUGUAAUGAUGUCCUGUGUUAUGGUCUGGAGAAUCCAUUCUCGUAUCAGACGUCCAUUCAACUGGCUAGCAUACCUUAUUGUGGCUGCUGGCCUGCUUAUGAUCCUUUUUACCCGCUUUCACUACACUAUUGAUGUUUUGUUGGCCAUAUAUAUUGUCUAUACUACCUGGACGAUCUAUAUGCGAUGUAUCCAAGAUGCCUCUCUCCGAUACAUGUUCGGAUUCUCACAGCACACAACCCUUGAUCUUUUCAAGUCACGAAUACCAACUACCAACGCAUCUGCUGUGUAUGAAUAUUUGACCUGGCAACCUCACCCACUCGGGAAGACGUGGCUGAUGUGGUUCUGUAUAUACGCUGACGGCCUGGACAUUCGAUUGCGCGCCAUGGGUGUGUUUGAUGAACGUGGCCAAUGGCAAGAUUGUAAAAAGUACGCCGGAACCACCGAUCACCCAAUGACUAGAAUUGUCUGA